UGAUUGUCAUCCAUGGCGUCCUAAAAUCAGUGCAGAAAGAGAGAGAGAUUGAGAGAAGAGACGGGAAAAGAGAUGAGCAUUCAAGUUGUGAACCUUUUGCCGCUUCCGAAGUUUGCGAUUCGAUCUCGCGCCAAAACUUCCGCGGGUUUUGGACGUGUCGUCGCUCGCGCGGAUAACGAUCCUCCUCGAUCAGUGGGCGGUGAUCAGCAGCAACUCAAUCUCUCCGUUCUUCGUUUCACUUUUGGAAUUCCUGGUCUGGACGAAUCUUACCUGCCGAGAUUUAUCGGGUACGGGUUCGGGUCGCUUCUUCUGUUGAACCACUUCUCGGGUUCGGGUCCAACCAGCGAUGCUCAGCUGAGAUCAGAAGCUCUGGGCCUGUCACUUGCUGCGUUUUCCGUAGCUUUGCCCUACAUUGGAAAGUUCCUGAAGGGUGCUGGAAUGACAGAACAGAGAACUCUCCCUGAAGAGGGGAACCAGAUUUUUGCCAUAUCGUCAAAUAUCUCGGACUCUUUGAAGGAAGAUCUUGCAUGGGCAACCUAUGUUUUGUUGAGGAAUACAAGUACGAUCGCUGUGAUGAUAUCGGUUCGAGGUGAGCUUUGUGUCCGUGGUUAUUGGAAUAGUCCAGUUCAGAUGUCAAAGGCUCAACUACUCGAUUGGUUUAAGAGAAAGGUAGAUGAAAUCGGCCUGUCAGAUGUGAAGGAUACCCUUUAUUUCCCUCAAAAUAAUUCAGGUUCUGCUUCCUGGGAAAUUCUUUCAGAGGGUACUCGUUCUCUUCUGGUGCAGCCAUUCGUACAGAGUACAGUGGGGUCACAGAAGAUGGACGGGUUUUUGCUGAUCGCUUCUACUGCAGAAUAUGCAUAUAGUGACAAAGAUAGAGCUUGGAUUCAAGCUAUUGCUAACAAAUUCAGAGGACCACAUGAGCUGCUUGCUGUAACAUAGAAUUUGACCCAUGUCUUGAAGAUUGGCAAAACGCUUUAGUCCUACAGAAAUUUCUCGAG